AUGGUAUUAAUCCCCGCACCUCGCCCCCUACCAAACCCACCCCCGGGGUUUCCCCGAAUUCCCGACUGGGUUCCCGACACCACAUUUUUGGGAGUGGCUGACAGACCCGGACGGCCUUGGGAAGAGGCUUCCUACUGCCCCCUGGGCGGGUUUUACGGGACCCCCCCCACAGGAAAGCCCAACCUCUGGCCGGUUCCUCACGGGGCCGUGGGAUUUACCAAAAAACCCCAAAAUGGGAGGUUGUCAACAAAAGAAAGCCCCCAAAAUACUGUAAAAAACACCCCCUCCCCCCGCCCCUCUUCCCAAAAAGUUUAGGGACACUAAAAGGCAAGCAGGGUUGACCCCAAAGUGGUUUCCGGGGUUAGUGCCCAAGCCACCACCAAGCAGCCCCAGAACAAAAGGGGGGGCUGGGAGGGUGGUAAAAAAACCCCGGGACAGAAAAUCGGGGUUUUAAAGGGCCCCCACCAAAAUCAGGGGGGUUCCCACCUCCACCCCAAACAACACCCUUUUGCAUCGGGGGCAGAGCGGCCUGAGGGAAAGGGACAAAAAAAGGCAGGAAAAGGGCUGGCUUCUAGUAGCACCCCUGGUCCCCCCGGGGGUUUUUUCAUUGGGGGUGUUUGCUGGUUUGGGGCAUUUUUAAACUGCAUAGCUGUGCGUAAAAACAGAAAAAGAGCACAUGACUUUUAA